AUGUGGAACGCGGCGCGCGUAGCCGCGACCUUGGGGCUCGCGCUCCGGCGCUCCGCGAGAUGGAGCACGUCGCUUCCGGGUUCGGCGGCCGCUUCGGGACGCGCGUCGAGCGGCCAAACGCGCGGCGGACUCGAACGCGGCUGCACCGUGGACCCCGAGCGGGAAGAACGCUUCUGGUUCGAGGAGCUGGCAGAUCCAGAGGAGGACGCUGAUGCUGAUGCGGACGCGGCGGCGGCAGGCGUGCGUUGGCGGCAGAGCCGGCCUCCGCCCGCGCAUCCUCCCCGGCGCACUCGCGCGCAGCGCGGUUUGAAGGACGGGCCGGGCCCCGAGGCGGAAUCCCUCAUCGAGUUGGGCGACGCCGACUUCCCGAGCGCCGAGGCCUCCGGCGAGAAAAAGAAGGCGGCGCCGAAGGACGAGCGCGAGCUUUACGGGACGGCCGAUCCGAAGCCAGCCGUCGGCGGCACCGGCUGCUCGGGCUGCGGCGCCGCCCUGCACUGCGCCGACGCGGCCGUCCCGGGGUUCCUGCCCGGCGACAAGUACGAGGCGCUGCUGCGGGAGGGCCGCCUCCGCGGCGCCACCUGCCAGCGCUGCCACUGGCUGCGCCACCGCCACGAGGCUCUCAAGCCGCGGGUGUCCAAGGACGAGUUCGGCCGGGCGGCGGAGCGCAUCCGCUCCGGCGGGGCGCUGGUGCUUCUGGUGGCGGACCUCCUGGACCUGCCUGACUCCAUCGUGCCGCAGCUUCCGCACUUGGUGGGCGGCGACAAGCGCGUGGUGGUGCUGGGCAACAAGAUCGACCUCCUUCCCGCCGACUCGCCCGACUACCUGCGGCGGAUCCGACGGCAGCUGGGCCGCUGGUGCCGGGACGCCGGCUUCGGGGCGCAGGUGAGCGACGUCCACCUGAUCAGCGCCAAGACGGGCUACGGCGUGGAGGCUCUGGUCUCCGGCCUGCAGAGGGCGUGGAAGUACAAAGGCGACGUCUACCUGGUGGGAAGCGCCAACGCCGGCAAGUCCACGCUCUUCAACGCGCUGCUGCGCUCCGACUACUGCAAGGCCGAAGCCUGCGAGGUCGUCGGCAAAGCCACCGUUUCCCCGUGGCCCGGGACCACUCUGGACCUGCUCAAGUUCCCCAUCGUCAACCCCACGCCGUACCGGAUGUUUCGACGGCACCGGCGCCUCGAGGAAUGCCGCCGAGAGACGGAGGACGACCCGGCGCCGCCACGGCCCGAAGACCUCCGCCGCCGGGGAUACUUAGUCGGUCACGUGGGUCAAACGUUCCUGCCCAAAGUCGGCCGAGGAACCGUGGCCUUCGAUCCGGACGCCUUGGCCUUCGGAGAAUACGAUGACGGCGACGACGGUGAGACGCCGUCGGGCGACGGACGCCGCCCGAGCGCGCCGCCCCCCGACGAGCCGAAAGAUUCGCAUUGGCUGUUUGACACGCCGGGAAUCGCCAAGGAACGCGACAUCCUCGGCCUGCUCGACCAAGGAGAAGUGCGAGCCGUGGUUCCGGCGCGGCCCAUCGUCCCUCGCACCUUUGUCCUGAAGCCCGGAAUGAGCCUCUUUGUCGGCGCGCUGGCCAGGAUCGACUUCCUGGAGGGGGAGAAGUCGUGCUGGUUUUCCGUCAUGGCCUCGGCUCAAGUUCCGGUCCACAUCAGCAGCGUGGAAAAAGCCGACGCCGUCUAUCGGAAACACGCCGGACGCGAGCUGCUGGGGGUGCCGGCGGGAGGAGAGCUGCGCAUGAAAGACUUUCCGGCGUUGGUGCCUCAGGAUUUCCGGCUGGAAGGUCGAGGUCCCGCGGAGGCCGCCGCCGACAUCAAGCUGUCGUCUGCAGGUUGGGUGGCGGUGACGGCGUUUGAGGGCCAAGUGCCGCUGCUGAGGCUUCACGGACCGCCCUCGGCGGCUUACGGCCUGAGGACGCCGCCGCUACUCCCUCACGUGGUUUCCCUGAGGGGGGCGCGCAUCCCCAAGUCGGCCGCCUACAAGGCGCCGACGCCGGCGGCGCUCCGGGACGGCCCGAGGCGGCGGCCCAAGACCGCCAAGAAGAAGGGAAAGCCACGACAACGUCAUCCCAUCAAGAAAACUUUAUUUCAGCCGCCGAGUGGGACCUCGUAA